AUGGGACUUCAAAAGUUUUACAGUGAUUACUGGGAUAUUAAUAAGAAUGAUCUUUCAGAAUUCUAUAAACAAGGAAUUGUUGAAAUUGAUGAUUCAAAGAAUAAAAUUGAAAAGGAAAAAGAUCAGUUCAAAAUGUUUCUCCAAAUUCCUAAUAUAAAAAACACAAUAGAUCUUAAGAACAAAUUUAUUCAAGCUAAUUACCAAGUCAAGUUUGAAGAUUAUGUGGAACAAGUUCAAAAUUACUUUAACACAAAUAGUUUAGAAGAUUUAAAAGCUAAUACUAAAGUGAAUUCAUUUCAGUUAGCUCACAACAUUAAUAACAUAUUUUAUAAUGUAAAUAAAAUAGUAGACACGAUUAGAUCAGAGCUUAGAUCAGAGCUAAAUCAAUAA